CACCCGCCCCCCAUCAUGCAGCCCCCCCUCGACCUCAAGCAGAUCUUGCCCUUUCCAAUGGAGCCGGCCCCCACCCUGAGCCUCUUCAGCAACUUUGGCACGAUGGAUCCCGUGCAGAAGGCUGUGCUGUCCCACACCUUUGGGGGACCUCUACUCAAGACCAAGCGGCCAGUCAUUUCCUGUAAUGUCUGUCAGAUCCGAUUUAAUUCCCAGAGCCAGGCAGAGGCACACUACAAGGGCAACCGGCAUGCUCGACGUGUCAAAGGCAUUGAGGCGGCCAAGACUCGGGGCAAAGAGCCCGUAGUCAAGGAACCUGGAGACCCAGCCCCAACAGGCAACAGCCCUCCCAGUGAGGAUGGAGGGGCCCUUCGCCCAGUCGUGGUGGAGAACGGGCUGGGCCUGGCCCCCAGAUCCCCGGAGAAGCAGCUCGCAGUCCCUUCCCCACCCAGCGUCCCGGAAACUGGCCGGGGUGGAGCCAAGGGCGAAGGGAGGCCUCCGGCCCCGGCCCCACUCCCGGGGGGCAGCAAGGAGGAGGAAGAAAAGGCCAAGAGGCUGCUCUACUGCGCCCUGUGUAAGGUGGCUGUGAACUCCCUGUCCCAGCUGGAGGCGCAUAACAAAGGUACCAAGCACAAGACAAUCCUGGAGGCACGCAGCGGGCUGGGCCCCAUCAAAGCGUACCCCAGGCUGGGGCCCCCUACCCCUGGGGAGCCCGAGGCCCCUUCCCAGGACCGGACCUUCCACUGUGAAAUCUGCAAUGUCAAGGUCAAUUCUGAGAUCCAGUUAAAACAGCACAUCUCCAGCAGGCGGCACCGCGACGGCAUGGCUGGCAAACCCAACCCGCUGCUGAGCCGCCACAAGAAGCCACGAGGCGUGGGGGAGCUGGCGGGCACACUGACGUUCUCCAAGGAGCUGCCCAAGUCCUUGGCCGGCGGUCUCCUCCCCAGCCCCCUGGCGGUGGCCGCAGUGAUGGCGGCAGCGGCUGGCUCCCCGCUGUCCCUGCGCCCAACUCCGGCUGCCCCUCUCCUCCAGGGCCCCCCCCUCACUCACCCUCUGCUCCACCCGGCCCCUGGGCCCAUCCGAACUGCGCACGGACCCAUCCUCUUCUCCCCCUACUGACCCCAGCCCUAGCCCGCAACCUCCCCCCCAUUCCUCUUGGGACCCAGGCUCUGGGCCCCCCCAAGCCCGCCCCCCCUCCUGGCUUCUCUUGGGAAGGGGUCC